ACCGUUUUUCAGUUGUUCAUGUGCUCGAAUAACAUUAACAACUUCGUUGUCCCAAUUCAAUUGUUGGAAAUUACAUUACCUGAAUACAUAACAUUUUCCAGGGUUUGAAUUUUUUCAAUUAUUUCAGCAUCGAAAUGUCGACCGUCUUAGAAGAGGUCCCAGGCUACCACUUCAGUGCAGGCCGCCUUCUAUCCUAUGCUCUGAUUCUGCUUACCUCUGGGCUGAUUCUGCUGUAUCGCAAACAGCAGAAAUCUAAGCUCUACAGAUUAGGCAAUAAAAUCCCUGGACCAAUAUCCUUGCCCAUAUUUGGAAAUGCGCUUCUGGCAGUCGGGAAGAAACCAUCAGAAUUAGUAAAAAUAAGUUUAGAAUAUGCGGAAAUAUACGGCGACGUGGUUCGCGGUUGGCUCGGCUCGAAGCUGUUAAUCUUCUUGGUAGACCCCGUCGAUGUGGAGGUCAUCCUGAACAGCCAUGUUCAUAUUGACAAGUCUUCGGAAUACAGAUUCUUUAAGCCAUGGCUUGGGGAAGGACUGCUAAUUAGUUCAGGUGCCAAAUGGAGAUCGCACCGAAAAAUGAUAGCGCCUACAUUCCACAUCAACAUCUUGAAAUCCUUCAUGGGGGUUUUCAACCAGAACAGCAAAAAUGUCGUUGACAAACUGCGAUCUGAAGUUGGAAAAACAUUCGACGUACACGACCACAUGAGCGGUGUCACCGUGGACAUUUUACUUGAAACAGCUAUGGGAAUUACUAGAAAGACUCAAGAUGAAUCUGGCUUUGAUUAUGCUAUGGCAGUAAUGAAGAUGUGUGACAUUGUCCACCAAAGGCAUUAUAAAUUCUGGCUCCGGCUCGACUUCAUUUUUAAACUGACUCCAUUCUUCAAAAAACAGACGAAACUGCUGAACAUUAUACAUGGACUCACAAAUAAAGUGAUAAAGAGUAAAAAGGAAACUUUCUUAGCAAAUAAGGCUAAAGGAAUAGUGUCCCCAACUAUAGAAGAGUUAACUAAAGACGUUAAGAACAAAAAACCCAAUGAAGACCCCAAUAAAACGAUAUCUGAUAGUGUAUUCAAGGGUCUUCGUGAUGAUUUGGACUUCAUCGAUGAAAAUGACGUGGGUGAAAAGAAACGUCUUGCCUUCCUGGAUUUGAUGAUAGAAUCCGCUCAGAAUGGCACAAACGUCAUCACGGAUCAAGAGAUCAAAGAAGAAGUAGACACCAUCAUGUUUGAGGGUCACGACACCACUGCAGCUGGAUCUAGUUUCGUCUUAUGCCUUCUAGGAGUCCACCAGGACAUCCAAGCAAAGGUCUACGACGAGCUCUAUGAAAUAUUCGGGGACUCUGACCGUCCUGCCACCUUUGACGAUACUGUCCACAUGAAGUACUUGGAGAGAGUGAUUCUGGAAACCCUCAGGAUGUACCCACCAGUACCGAUCAUAGCUAGAAAAUUGAAUCAUGACGUUCAGAUCUCUACAAACAAGUACGUGCUCCCAGCUGGCGCCACCGUCGUCAUAGGAACUUACAGGAUUCACAGGAACCCUAAAUAUUAUAAGAACCCCAACGUGUUCAACCCCGACAACUUUUUGCCAGAAAAUACCCAGAACCGUCAUUAUUACAGCUACAUACCCUUCAGCGCUGGACCCAGAAGUUGUGUCGGUCGGAAAUACGCUAUGCUGAAGCUCAAGGUUCUCCUAUCUACCAUCCUAAGGAACUACAGGACAAUUUCAGAAGUAUCUGAGGAAGACUUUGUGCUGCAGGGAGACAUAAUCCUGAAGAGGACAGACGGCUUCAGGAUCAAGGUCGAGCCAAGGAAAAGAGUCCCAUUAUCAGCUCAACAAUUCUAUCACACGGUCCCCAGCAGUUACAGGAGAGACUGGUAUAUCGACAGAAACAUGUCGUUGGCUCUAGAAGAAGUUUCGGGAUACCCCAUCAGUAUGUCGCGGCUGUUGUUCUACUCCUUGGUGUUCUUGGUCACGGGACUCUGGGUCUUGCACCGCAGACGACAGCAGACCAGACUUGUCAAGUUGGGGAACAAAAUACCCGGACCUACUGCAUAUCCAUUGUUUGGGAAUGCGCUCCUUGCGCUCGGGAAAACACCAGCAGAGAUAAUGGAGCUAAGUCUAGAGUUUGCGAAGCGAUACACGAGCGUUGUUCGAGUCUGGCUGGGGACUAGCCUGUACGUCUUCCUGACGGACCCUGAUGAUGCUGAGCUGAUCCUCAACAGCCAGGUCCACAUCAACAAGUCUGAUGACUACAGCUUCUUCAAACCUUGGCUUGGGGAAGGCUUGCUGAUUAGUUCAGGUGACAAGUGGAGAUCACACCGGAAAAUGAUUGCCCCUACGUUCCAUAUAAACAUAUUGAAAUCUUUCGUUGGAGUUUUUAACCAAAACAGCAAAAAUGUUGUUGACAAAAUGAAACCAGAAAUCGGAAAAACUUUUGAUGUCCACGACUACAUGAGUGGUGUCACUGUUGAUAUUCUUCUUGAGACAGCAAUGGGAAUCACAAGAAAAACACAAGACGAAUCAGGGUUUGACUACGCUAUGGCUGUUAUGAAAAUGUGCGAUAUCAUACAUCAAAGACAUUACAAGUUCUGGAUGAGACUUGAAGCUAUGUUCAAAUUCACUGCAUCCUUCAAGAAACAACACAAACUUCUUAAAAUUAUUCACGGCCUUACAAAUAAGGUCAUCAAAGAAAAGAAGAAAACCUAUAUAGAGAACAAAGCAAAAGGCAUCAUUCCACCCACAUUAGAAGAGCUGACACGCUCACCUGAUGAUAGCACAGACCCUCUUGACACCAAAACUCUUGCUGACAGCGUCUUCAAAGGAUUAAAGGAUGAUCUUGACUUUAAUGAUGAAAAUGACGUUGGUGAGAAGAAACGACUAGCUUUCUUAGAUCUGAUGAUUGAAUCCGCUCAAAAUGGAACCAACAACAUCACUGAUCUUGAAAUCAAGGAAGAAGUGGACACUAUCAUGUUUGAAGGUCAUGACACAACAGCAGCAGGGUCGAGUUUUGUCCUAUGCCUCUUGGGCAUCCACCAAAACAUUCAAGCCAGGGUCUACGAUGAGCUCUUUGAGAUCUUUGGUGACUCUGACAGGCCAGCCACCUUUGAAGAUACCCUUCGCAUGAAGUACUUGGAGAGAGUUAUUCUAGAGUCAUUGAGGAUGUACCCACCAGUGCCCAUUAUAGCCAGGAAAUUGACUCAAGACGUGCAGAUUCAAACCAACAAUUUCGUCCUCCCCGCCGGUUGCACUGUAGUCGUUGGCACUUACAAGAUCCACCGCAGCCCUAAAUUCUAUAACAACCCUGAGGUAUUCAACCCUGACAACUUUUUGCCUGAGAACUGCCAGAACCGACACUACUACAGUUUCAUACCCUUUAGUGCCGGCCCUAGAAGUUGUGUUGGUCGCAAAUACGCCAUGUUGAAACUGAAGAUUUUGAUCUCAACGGUCCUUCGAAACUACAAGACCAUAUCCGACGUGCCUGAAAACAAGUUCACCCUUCAAAGCGACAUCAUUUUGAAGAGGACUGACGGGUUUAGACUCAGGAUAGAGCCAAGGAAACGCGUCCCACGCUUCACAGGGGCAUAAGUCUUAACAAGACUUUUUCAAAAAUCCAAAAUUACCAGAAUAUUACAGAUAUACUCUUGAAUUUAUCUGUAAGAUGGCCAUGAAAACGUUACGAAGGAAGACUUCAAUUUU